AUGUUUUAUCUGAUGGUGGUUGCACUGCUGGUGGCGGUGGCAAUUGCAGUUGCACCGGCUGCGCAAGCUCUACGUAUGAAAUUGGUGACUUACUUUGAGGGCUUCUUCUUCAUGGCGACAGCUAAUGACCUCCCGGCGGCAUUUCGAGGGAGCAACUGCUUGCAAGUGCAAGUUAACUCAAAGUCUGGUUCCAAACGUGUCAUACGGUUGGUUUUCAUCCGACACGGUCAAUCGGUGUGGAAUUCGCUUUUCAACAGCUUUGAUGCAACUUGGCCUGUGCGCGCUGUGAAGGCGAUGGUGAACGAGGCCGUUUAUUUUUUUACAAACCCGUUCGAUUCUGUUAUCGUUGACUCUCCUUUAAGUGAAAAGGGCAGGUCAGAGGCACAAGAGCUGGCCCGUUUUGUACGCUCCGCGAAAGGCCAAGUGUGUUUUGACGCAAGCUGUUCCCUCAUUGUUUGCAGCAACCUACGGCGGGCAAUGGAAACCGCGCUUGUCGGCAUGCAACCUCGUAUCGUUUCCACGGGCGAACGAAUUGUUGUGGACUCGUCCCUCCAAGAGGGAUCGCGGAAUAUCGAUGCGCAAUCCCUCUCCACCGAGCCUGGAAAGAUUGUUCCGUGUAAAAUGGGGGAAUUGGCCACACCCCAGCUGUUGGGUACCGCCUUUGACCCCCACCUAAAUGGUGGUAACAGAACUGCCAAAAGGAAUGUUUAUGACCGGAUGGAUGAGUUCGUUCAACAUUUGUUUGGAGGAGUGAAAUCCAAUCCUUAUGUGCCUGCCUCCGGUGCCGAGUCCGGAAACUCUGCACUUAAAGAAGUGAUAGUGGUUGGUCACAGCGGAUAUUUCCGUUGUUUUUUUAAGCGCUUUUUGCCGUCGUCGUCCCGCCAUGUGGCAAAGACAAAAAAACUAAAGAAUUGUGCUGUUGUUUCAUUUGACCUGGUAAGAAAUGAAUCCACCGGGGAAGUCUACAUCGAGGAAUCUACCGUAUCAGUGUUGUACAAGGGUUUCUGA